GUUGCCAAUCCAUUCGCUUCUGUAUUCGCAACGAAAGCGGUUCUGGUAUCAUUGACUCAGAGCCCAAACGCCGGGAUUCGAAGAAUUAUAGAUAACGCGACAAUGGAUUACAAACGAGUGGACUCUCCGCCGGGUUAUACGGAUGACAUGGCCACAGCACCGCCACACGAGAUGGAAAACUCGCAACAGCAGCACCUUUAUCCUCAAAUGCCGAUGCCUCAAAUGAUGCAAAUUGUGCCGGCUCCAGCUCCGGCUCCGCCGCCAGUGAGCGUGGUACAUCAUCAGACCACUGUUCUGGUAGACUCUGGCCAGGGAAUGAUCUGUCCCCACUGCAAUGCCCGGAUUCGUGUGCGCGCGGAGCACCAUCCCACUGGCAAGACUUACUGCCUGGCAGCUAUCCUCUGUCUCUUUCUCUGCUGGCCCUGCGUUUGCGUUCCAUGUUGCUGCAACUGCUGCUACAAGAAUUCGCAAUUCUGCCCCAACUGCAAUGCCCGUUUGGGAUCGUUUUGAAGACGUCAGCGAAAAAUAAUCGCCAAAUUCAUCUAGACACAAAGUCGACUACAUAUUCAUACGAAUAUCCUCAAAUACAUUUGUAUGUAGAUACAUACAAACAUAUAUUUAUCAUAUUUGCUGGAGCACUUAAUAUCCAUAAGCAUUAUAAUCAUAAAAUGAAGACUUUACCAUAUUAACUCGUACAUAUGUAUAAUACAAAACCAAAUCAUCUUAAUAAUUCCAUUCUCUUCUGUAUGCAAAGAAACCUGUACACAAAAUGAAUAAAGUUUUCUUAAGGGAAUGAUUUCUCGUAA